AUUUUUUUUCACCUAUAUAAGUGACAACCUGACACCUAUAUAAGUGUACGUUAACAUAUUAAAGUCAACUAUUGCUAUCUCAUGAAUCAUUGAGUUUUGCCGUCUGAAUGUUUAUUUUCUGCGGUCAUGCUGAUUAAAACUUGAUAGUUGUUGACACCUAGUGUCAAUUGACAUAUGCACCUACAUUGAUUCUAGACUCUAGUUUGACACUUGACAGUUCAAUAAGCAAGUAAGAAGCUAUCGAAACUAUUGUAAAAUAAAACGAUAUUCACAUAUUAACUAAAGAUUAAUUAAAAUAUUUAUAAAACCAAUUAUCAUUGGUAUUGUAAUGUUUUUAAUGCCCUUGGUAAGUCUGUAAUAACAUAAUAAUGUUACACUUUAAAGACGGUAAGAAUAAGUCUUCAGCGUUAACUACAAGAUGGGCGCAAAUGUCGAAACAAGAACAAAUUAUAGAAAGAAAAAAGAUGGAAAUACAGGCUAAGUUAGAAGCUCAAAAGCAGGCUGCAGCAUUAGCGGCUCAAGCUAAACUAAUCAAUAGCAGCAUAAAAGAAGAAAGUGAUUCCCCUAAUAUUUUUUCUAACGAUGGUAGUUUUAUGAAUCAAUAUAAAAAACUCUUAGAACAAAAAAAGGAAAAAGAAGAAAAGGAAGAAAUAGAAAGGCAAAAAGCUCUUGAAGAUGAAAAAAAAAAUGUACUGAUACAACUCGAAACUCAGGCUACUGGAUCAAAUGAAACCCAUUCUAAUGAUAGGAAGGCAAGAGACAGACAAAACCGUUGGUCUGACAAAGGAAGAAACAACACACAUAGCCCACCUAUGCCUGUUUUAGAAGAAAGACAGAAAUUAUCUGAUCAAAAGAAUAUACCACCUUUAAUGCAAAUUCCUAUCAUGCCUCCAGAGCCUACCUCUCCAUUACCGUUUAAUAAAGAACUAUGGAAACCAGAUGAAUCUGGUCCACAUUCAGAUUCUGUUGAUCAAUCGGGAAAUUUGGAUUCUAAUCUAUUGCCAUUUGGGCCUAUGGGCGGACCUCCUAUGGGUCCUAUGGGUGGACCUCCUAUGGGUCCUAUGGGCCCUGGUCAUGGACCGAUGGGCCCUGGUCCUGGUCUAAUGGGCUCAGGUCCUGGGCCUAUGUGUUCCGGCCCAAGUGGUGCUGUGGGAUCAGGCCCUGGUGGUCGUAUGGGUUCAGGCCUUAGUUCAAUGGGUUCCGGCCCUGGUUCAAUGGGUUCAGGUCCAUUGAGUAUAUGUCCUAGUCCUAUGGGAUCAGGCCCCGGUCCUAUGAGCUCUGGCUCUGGACCAUUAGGGCCAGGACCAGGCAUGGGUCCUGGCUUAGGAUCGAUGCGACCCAAUGCCGGCCCAAUGGGUCCUGGUCCUAUGAGACCGUGGGGUCCUGGCGGUAAUGGACCAAUGAAUAACUCUUCUAAUAUGGGUCCUGGACCCAUGAUGGGGCCAGGAGGUCGAAUGCCACCUUUUAUGGGAGGACCAAAUUUUCCCAUGCCACCAAACUUUAUGGGUCCAAAUGGACCAAAUGGCCCACGUGGGCCUUGUGGACCUGGUCCUAUGCCGCCAAACAUGUGUGGCCCAAAUAUGCGUGGGCCGGGCCCAAAUGGUCCUAUGCCUCCCUUUUAUCCACCAUUUGCUAAUCCUCAAAUGAUGAGACCGAAUGGAGGGCCAAAUCAAAUGAUGCCCCCGAAUUGUAAUGACAAUGCAAAUAGUUCUAAUAGGCCUUUUAUGGGGCCUCGACCACCAUUCCCUCCUAACUUUGGAGCUAACGGUCCACCACCACCAUUUAUGCCACCUGGUAUACAUCCUAAUAGUAUUCCAAACCCCUUACAAAAUUCCGAUCCAAAGCAAGAAUUAGGGUCUAUUCCUACAGUGGAUAAAUCACAAAAUGUACCAUCACCAGUGCCACACCUUAACCGCAUACCACCGUUAAAAGAUAUAGGACCAGGAAAUAUGCCACCAAAUAUGUCACAAGUUUUCUCUGCAGAUCGGAUGCCUCCCGUGGUCCAGCGAGCUGCCGUCGAAGUCGCGUCUAACGGCGACCAAUGGGAAAAUGUCCUGAAAGCCAUUCACUCCCAAGACCAAAAUAUGUGGUUCCUUCACAACCCUAAUUCAAACGAGUAUAAGUCGUUUCGUGACCUCGUUAUCAAAAUUCGUGCAGAAGGCUCCAAACCAGUUAAACCAGAGGUGAAACCUGAGGACAAAUAUGAGCCCGAAUUCAGUCUUGAAGAUGAUGACAGUAAUGAUGGAAAGCCAAUUAAGCAGGAGACAAACAGCCACAUUUAUGACUGGAAAGCCAACAACCCAUACAUGUCGAAUGUAAAAGCAGAACAAACUAGUUCACAAAGUGAUGAGGAUUCAGAUGUAAGGAAGGAGCGACGCAAGCGCAAGAAAAGUAGAUGGGGUAAUGACCCCCCGGUAACUGACAUUAAACCUCCGGGCGUUAUGAUUGCCAUGCCAACGGGUCUUCCUGGAGCAAAGCUCUCCAAACUAGAUGAAGAUGGUUUAAAAUUUACCAGUUUGAACCAAAAUAACCCAGCUCUUAUGCAGUACGCGAUGACUAACUAUGGAACAACAAAUCUUAAUAUUGACGACUGGAAAAAGUGUGAAGACAACUUCAAAUUGAAUUUAUUAUAUCAGGACAUGUUAAAAAAGAGGCAAGAAGUGGAGCGUAUGAAUGCUGUGGGGAAAAACAAAUAUGAAUAUGACAGUGACGAAGACACCUCCACUGGUACUUGGGAACACAGAUUGCGCGCCAAAGAAAUGUUUGCCACUGAAAAAUGGGCAAAUGAGUUAACAAAGCAAGCGGCUGGGAAACACCAUAUUGGUGACUUUUUGCCUCCGGAAGAACUGAGAAAGUUUAUGGAGCAAUAUUCAGCAGCCCGUGGUGGCAAGGAGCCUGAUUUAUCUGAUUAUAAGGAGUACAAACUCAAGGAGGACAAUAUUGGAUUUAAAAUGCUUCAAAAGUUGGGAUGGAAUGAAGGGCAGGGGCUUGGGGCUGAAGGAACGGGAAUUAUUGAACCUAUAAAUAAAGCCAACCAGCCAUUAUCCAACUUAGGCUUAGGAGCGGCUCAGUCUGAGCACGUCUCACCGAAUGACGACGAAUUCGACGCGUACCGGAAACGGAUGAUGCUCGCUUACCGCUUCCGGCCGAACCCAUUGAACAAUCCUCGCCGGCCAUAUUAUUAAAGAAACAGCGGAACUUCUGUGAAUCAUUUGGAUUUUAAAUUGUCUGUAUAAACAAUUAUUACAAAUUAAUGUCGUUUAUUAAUGAAAGAAAUAUGAAAAUAAUUGUUACUUACAAUUUUCUUUAAUAGCAUUGAAUAUACUCAGGCGUAGAUUUUUUAAAAUUGUCUUUUAUUAAGUGUUAUUUAAAGGGAACUUUACCUGUUUUAAACUCACGUGCCGUUAUAAAUACAGUUUCUGUAAUUUUUUAAUUAUGUUUAUAUUUCUUUCGGCCUAGAACUCGUACAACUAAUCUUUAAAAAU